AUGAAGUUUGCCCAGAAUCUUAGCGUUACUUCCAGUCUUCCUGCAGAAGACGUGGAAAGGAUUAAACAGUGGAUCGCAGCUAUGGUUGGCGAUUUUGAGUGCCAGAACCCUAAUAUGGUCGACAAAUAUUAUGAAGAGGGUGGGCGCCUUGAGAUUCCAGGUGGCCAGACAAUCACUGGGAAAGAUAUGUUAAGAUCCCACUACGCCUGGAUGUUCAAAGGAGCAAACCAAACCAAAUGGACGCUACACACAGCGAAUAUUGCAGGAAAUCAGAUCUACCUCGGCCUGAAGGGUGUAGUAUCCAACAAACACAAAGCCGUCGAACCGACAUUAAACAUGUUGCUGGAGAAAGACAUGAACUCCUCGAAGAUAAAGGCAAUGAGGCUCUUUGGAGAGGAUGUCAUGUCCAUGUACGAUACCAUGGGUCUUCAAACUGCUGGCUCUCCAGCCCCUGGUGUCGCCAACGUAACUAGGAGCUUCAACUGA